CGCCUCUCAAUUUCGCAAAGCUAGGGUUUUGUUUCUUCUCUCUUUCCCGCGCCCCCAAAUUCUCGAUAUUGCGCUGCUGAAUCCCUCUUCUCCUUCGCAUUUUCGUCGAAUUCUCAGUGAGGAAGAUCAAUUGGAUGGAUUUCGAUGAGUAUGAGUACUUGGAGAAGGCUGUGGAGAAUCCUGAUGCGGCGAAGGAGGGGGUUGGAGCUAAUGGCAAUGGAGUGAGGGCGGAGGAUGAGAAGGAUCGGAGUAGGAGUUCCAAGCGACGGGGCGAUGAGGCGGAGCGGGAAUCUGAGCGUGGAUUGAAGCGGUCGAGAUCGGAGAGCCAUCGGGAUCAGAGGUCUAGGGAUGGGGAGCGGGAGAGGGAUCGGCAUCGGAGCGGACGGGAGCACCGGGACCAUGUCCGUGAUGAGAGGAAUGGAAAGGAGGAUAGGGAGAGGGGUCGGAACAGUGGUCGGGAAAGUGAGCGAGAAAAGGAGAGGGAGAAGUCUCCACGGAGGAAGAGCCGGCCGGAGAGGCUUGUUGAGGAAGACCGGCACCGGAGCAAGGAGAGGAGCGGGGAGAGAGGACUCAGAGAAAAGGAAAAGGAGAGGGAUUUCAAAGAAAGAGAUCGAGAGACCAGGCGGCCCAAGGAAAAGAAAGAAGAUCGUAUUGAGCCUGAGGCUGAUCCUGAACGUGAUCAAAGAACAGUAUUUGCAUAUCAGAUAUCUUUGAAGGCAGAUGAAAGAGAUGUGUAUGAAUUCUUCUCAAGAGCAGGAAAGGUGCGGGAUGUUCGUCUAAUAAUGGAUCGCAAUUCAAGGCGUUCGAAGGGAGUAGGAUACAUCGAGUUUUAUGAUGCAAUGUCAGUUCCAAUGGCAAUAGCUCUCUCUGGUCAGCCACUUCUUGGUCAACCAGUUAUGGUUAAGCCCUCAGAGGCCGAGAAGAAUUUAGUUCAGUCAACUGCUGCUGCAGGUGUGGGUGGGGUUAUUGGGCCUUAUUCAGGUGGAGCUAGAAGGUUGUAUGUUGGCAAUCUUCAUUACAACAUAUCAGAAGAUCAACUUCGACAGGUUUUUGAACCGUUUGGCUCUGUGGAGUUAGUUCAAUUGCCUGCUGAUCCAGAGACUGGUCAUUGCAAAGGCUAUGGUUUUGUCCAAUUUGCACGGCUUGAAGAUGCAAGGGCUGCUCAGAGUUUAAAUGGGCAAAUUGAAAUCGCUGGCAAGCCAAUCAAGGUUUCAGCUGUAUCUGACCAAGUUGGGAUACAAGAAGCUGGCACAAAUGCUGGUGAUUUUGACGAUGAUGAUGGUGGUGGCUUGGGUCUAAAUGCUCGCUCUAGAGCUCUUCUCAUGCAGAAAUUGGAUCGCAGUGGCACUACUACCAGUGCAACAGUUAAUUCUGCUCUUCCCACACCAGCAACUUCAGUUCUUGGUAUGCCUCCCGUGGUUGCUCCUCUUUUACAACCCCCAGCACCUUCAAUCCUUGGUUUACAUGAUUUAAGUCUUCAAAUUCCUCCUCCUGCUCCAACUAUAGAUAUCGCUGGAGUUCCCAGCGAAUGUUUACUUCUGAAGAACAUGUUUGAUCCCAGCAUUGAGGCCCAACCAGAUUUUGAUAUAGAUAUCAAAGAAGAUGUGCGAGACGAAUGCUCAAAGUUUGGCACAGUGAAGCACAUUUUUGUGGACAAAAAUAGUGCCGGCUUUGUAUAUCUCCGCUUCGAUAGUCCAACUGCGGCCAUUAACGCCCAACAUGCUCUGCACGGAAGGUGGUUUGCAGGAAAGAUGAUCACAGCCACAUUCAUGCUUCCCGAGAUUUAUGAAACCAAAUUUCCUGCCAAUAGUUAGAUGUGUUCAUCCUCAAAGUUAUGGGUAAAGGUAAAAAUACAAUUCCGACCAUUACCGGGUGGAUGAUGAUUUCUUUUGGACUUAAGAAAACUCAUGCUUUGUUGCUAACUUUGUGAGGGAUCUGCCUCUCUUUCAUGCAAUUUAUUUUUAUCUGUUUGUUUGUUUUUUUGUUGUUGUUUUUCGGGUCAUUACCGUUUGUUUUAGUUUUUUUUCUUUUUACUUUUUGUAUAUUUGACUCGGUUAUCAUCGAAUAAUUUCUCUCUAUAAGUUUGCAGGAUUUUAUUAGAACUUGUCCAAUUUGUUUUGGAUUUGCUAAAAUGAUGGAAUGAAAUAGGAACAAAGUCAUUGAUAGGGAAUUUUUGCUUGUACGUCUCUUGAAAACUUGAAAUUUGCAAGAAAAAUCAUGUUUCUUUUUA